AUGUAUUCUGUCGAUGAGUGCACUUCGUCGUCGACUUCAGCUUCUCACAAACAAUCUAAACCCAGUGGUGACAUGGCAACUGCACGAAGUAAUGAUGUUUUGAGUAGAAAGCGUACAGCAGCACGACAGCUUCCACGAAUUAUGCUACAUCCAAGCAGUCCACAAGGAAGUGAUGCAACGAACAGUUUAGUAGCAAAUGAUUGCUUACAAGAGGAUAAUGGAAAUGAUGCAAAGAAACGUUCACGAGAUGUUAGGGGAAAACACGCUGACUUUGCCUUAUCGGAACUGAGUGACAGUCAGUCAAAAAGUCCAGUUUGUUAUGCUAAAGACUCAGAAAAGAGAAAUCGGACAUGGCCAGAAGUAAAUAACACUGUGGUUUGUGGUUAUCAGCUAGUUGGUGCUGGAAAAGAAUUUGUAGCAUAUCAUAUCGAGAAAAAAGUUGUAAAAACUUGUCAGCUAAUCGAUAAUGAACAAUAUAUGAAGCUGUUGACAAUCGCAAGUCGUUUGAAUGAGGCCAAGAAUUAUUGGAAAUAUGAGGAUCUGGAAGAGAUGAGAGAAUUUGUAUUGUCCUCUGGAACGGAAGUGUGUACGGAUGAUAAUGGUCAGCGUUUCAUGUUUUCCAAUUGGCAAUAUGGCACCCUACACAGUAAAGUCCAGGCAGGCAAAGUUAAACUUUCGGAAAAUGAAGCAUUUUCGCUGUUUUCGAAAAUUGUUAGAGGAAUUGCUUUUUGUCAUGCCUGCGGGAUUGUUGUACGUGACGUCAAAUUGCGGAAAUUCGUCUUCACAGACAAGCAGAUGACACAACUGAGAUUGCGAGAUAUAUUUGACGUUUUUGUUUGCGAGGACAUCAAAGAUGAUCGGUUACGUGAUAAGCAUAGUUGUCCGGCAUAUGUUGCUCCUGAAAUAUUGAAGGAUUCUCCUGAAUAUGCUGGUCGCCCGGCCGAUAUUUGGGCACUAGGAGUCUUAUUCUAUGUUUUAUUAUUUGGAAGUUAUCCUUUCAACGAUGCAACACCUCAAAGAUUGUUUUACCGAAUUCUGAAGGCAAAAUUUAGUAUCCCUUCACAGAUCCCGAUAUCACAGACAGCACGUGCUUUAAUUUUUGGCAUGUUGCGAAAGGAACCGUCAGAACGUCCCACUGCUGAACAACUCCUCUAUAUACCUUUAGAUGAACAAUGUUUGGACGAAAGUAAUGUUGUGUCAUUUCGUUCUAUAUUACCAGGUUGGCUGGAAAUACCAUCUUCUCGUGUUGCACUUCUUGGCAUAAUCAGUAAUCCAGCUUUUGAAUUUGCACGACGAAUCAUGAAAAUGAACAACGAAAGCGAAGACCAAGUAGUACCAGUUUUCUCAUCUGCACUGCGUAACGUUCAACAACAUUUACAAAUAAUGCGCGACAUUAUAGCUGAUUCGUCUUUAACCACAACAAUCAAUGAAGAGAAUGUCGCCGAAUCGCCUUCCUCUCCUUAUUCUGCUCCUAUUCUUGCUACGAUCACUACUUUUGCUAAUAAUGCUAUUUCUGCUACACCUAGAGCAACGUAG